AUGAGACUUACUGCCGACCUCAUACACAAUUCCCUAUCCUACUUGAACCCUCUCAAAGAGCGCGAGCUUGAUCUCCGAGGCCACAAAAUCCCCACCAUCGAGAACCUAGGCGUCGCAGGCCCUCAAGAUGCCAUUGACUUUACCGACAACGACCUCACCACGCUCUCGAAUUUCCCCCUAUUACCCAGAUUAAACACGCUGCUGUGUGCGCGAAAUCGGAUACAAGGCGUGGACAAGAGAAUUGCGGAACAGAUACCGAACCUGACGACUCUGGUAUUAACGUCAAAUCAUGUCAAAGAGCCAGGUGAUCUUGAAGGAUUAAGUGGCUGUGUGGCGUUGACACACUUGAGUUUACUAGACAAUCCUGUCACAAGGAAAGAGCACUACCGACUUUAUCUCAUUUGGUCAAUCCCGUCGUUGCGAUUCUUGGAUUUUCAGAGAGUGCGGGAGGCAGAACGAGAGAAAGCCAAAGAAUUGUUCGGUACCGCCGAAGCGCCCUCCGAAUUGGCCGCCAAGAUCAAAGGAAUCAAGACCCGAUCCUUUGAACCCGGAACGGUGAGCAAUGGCAAGGUGGAAAGCGCACGAAAGGGCGUUCGGACGCAAUUGACGGAGACGGAAAAGAAAAGGGUGCAAGAGAUGAUCAAAAAUGCCAAAAGUUUGGUUGAAAUCACCCGAAUUGAGAAGGAUCUCGCUGAAGGAAGAAUUCCUGCUGGUGCCGCGGACGCCGACAGGAUGGUAUCCUGA